CUCCCUGCCUCCGUCAGUCAUCCUCCCAGGUAACUCUGGUCCAGACAAUGCGCGGCUGGCAACUGCUGCUGUCCGUGUAGUUGGCUCUCUACAGGGCCUUCUCCCACACAGUAUACCUCACCCUCCGACUGCUAGAGACAAUCCGCAUGCGGAGCGGUCAUCGCGCGCACUGUGGCGAAUUUUCACUUGAUUUUCUGUCGCAGAAAAGAGUGGUCCCUAUACGCUUGCCAGUAUUUCGGAAUAUGGUGGUCCUUGUUAAAUAUGAAUGAGUUCUCCUUUUUUUACGUCUUAAAUGUCUGUGAUGGAUACAGUCUUAGAAUCCGCAUGAAAAUUGAAGUUUUGCUUUUCGUUUUAUUCAUUAAUGCUUGCAAAAUGCGUCGUGUCUGAGGCAGAAUCUACGGUCUCGACCAAACCAGCCCAGGACCUGCGUCUGAGAAAAGCAAACCCGUGCUUUCCUAAUAUUUAGCAAACAUUGCAUUUGGCUUGCAUUCAUCCCCAGUUUUGGAUUGAUCGGAUGCGUCGGCGUUGGAAGCGGCUGUGGAGAACCCCGUAGCUUUCAGCAUGAUUUGAUGUAACUGGAUUUUUUAACAGGGCAACUGGAUAUCUCUUACCUUUUAACGGAGAACAGCUACAUUCAAGUCAAGAAGCAAACUCCAUCAAGAGAUAGAUCCAUCCCUAUAUGGACUAAAUCUUGGUUCUUCGGGAUUUAAAACUAGCAAAUCACACGCAUCUUGUUCGGCGCUUCUUGGGAAAAUAGCCUUAAACUGUGGGAGACAUGAAAGUUGUUUCAGCAGUGUUGUUCCUUGCCAUAUUUUGGAGUCAGGAGUGGGAGCCCGUGCUUUCUGAUUCAAUCAUACACAUCGGGGCCAUCUUUGAUGAGUCUGCCAGGAAGGAUGACGAGGUGUUCCGCAUGGCCGUGGCGGACCUCAACCUCAACAACGAGAUCCUGGAGACCGAGAAGAUCACCAUCUCUGUGGAGUUUGUGGAUGGGAACAACCCUUUCCAGGCAGUCCAGGAAGCCUGUGAGUUGAUGAACAGGGGGAUCCUGGCGCUGGUCAGCUCUAUCGGCUGUAUGUCAGCGGGCUCCCUGCAGUCGCUGGCGGACGCCAUGCACAUCCCGCACCUGUUCAUCCAGCGUGCCCCCGCCGGCACCCCUCGCUCCAGCUGUCCCCUUGUCAGCCGUGGCCGCCAGGACGACUACACCCUCUUCGUUCGCCCGCCCGUCUACCUAAACGACGUCAUCCUCCAAGUGGUCAGCGAGUACAGCUGGCAGAAGUUCAUCAUCUUCUACGACCAGGAAUACGACAUACAAUACCGUGGGAUCCAGGACUUCCUGGACAAGACGUCUCAGCAGGGCAUGGACGUGUCGCUGAGAAGUGUGGAGUCCAACAUCAACAUGAUGAUCACAGCAUGGUUCAGAACCAUGAGGGUGGAGGAGCUCCACCGCUACCGGACACAACUGCGCCGGGCCGUGCUCUUCAUGAGUCCCGUCACCGCCAAGCCUUUUGUUUUUCAGGUUGUGGAGACGAAUCUCAUGGCGUUCGACUGUCACUGGGUCAUCAUCAAUGAGGAAAUCUCAGACCAGGACGUCCAAGAACUGGUGAUGAAGUCGAUCGGGCGUCUGACCCUGAUCAGGCAGACCUUCCCCCUGCCCCAGAACACCAGCCAGCGCUGCGUCAAGCACAACCACCGCAUCAACACCUCCCUCUGCGACCCCAAGGACCCCAAGGCUCAGACACUGGAGAUCACCAACCGCUACGUCUACGACACAGUGCUGCUAUUGGCCAACACUUUCCACAGGAAGCUGGAGGACAGGAAGUGGCACAGCAUGGCCAGCCUCACCUGUAUCCGCAAGAACUCUAAGCCCUGGCAAGGAGGACGGCCUAUGCUGGACAACGUCAAAAAGUCUGGAGUGAGUGGUCUGACUGGCUUCCUGGAGUUUACAGACAACGGAACCAACCCCAACAUCUACUUUGAGAUCCUGGGGACCAAUUAUGGCGAGGACAGGGGCAGGGGUGUCAGGAAGCUUAGUUGCUGGAACGAUGUAGCGGGCCUAGCGGGAUCGAUCUCUUUACUGUACAUAGAAAACAAAUUUGACUGGCAUGUCAUGAGAGUCGUACUAGUCGUGAAGGAGCCCUUUGUGAUGGUGUCAGAGAAUGUCCUUGGGAAGCCUAAGAAGUACCAAGGUUACUCCAUCGACGUACUGGAUUCUCUCUCUAACUACCUGGGCUUCAAGUACGAGAUCUAUGUGGCCCCUGACCAUAAGUACGGGAGCCAACAGUCCGACGGGGUCUGGAACGGACUGAUGGGAGAGCUGGUCGCCAAGCGGGCAGACGUGGGUCUCUCGGCUCUCACCAUCACGCCAGAACGGGAGAGUGCGGUGGACUUCACCACACGCUACAUGGACUACUCGGUGGGUGUGCUGCUCAGAAAGGCCGAGCGUACAGUGGACAUGUUCGCCUGCCUAGCGCCCUUUGACCUGUCGCUGUGGGCGUGCAUUGCGGGCACCGUGCUGCUGGUGGGCAUCCUGGUCUACCUACUCAACUGGCUGAACCCGCCGCGACUGCCCAUGGGUGCUGUCUCCUCCACCACCUUCUACAAUUCCAUGUGGUUCGUCUAUGGAUCCUUCGUCCAGCAGGGUGGUGAAGUUCCGUAUACCACCCUGGCCACGAGGAUGAUGAUGGGGGUAUGGUGGCUCUUUGCUCUAAUCGUCAUCUCCUCCUACACGGCCAACCUGGCUGCCUUCCUCACCAUCACCCGCAUCGAGAACUCUAUCCAGUCUCUCCAAGACCUGUCCAAGCAGACAGAGUUGCCGUACGGGACGGUGUUGGACUCGGCUGUGUACGAGCAGGUGCGCAGUAAGGCCAUGAACCCCUUUGAGAGGGACCCCAUGUACUCCCAGAUGUGGCGCAUGAUCAACCGCACCGGAGGGGCCGACAACAACGUGGACGAGUCCAAGGAGGGCAUCCGCAAGGUGAAGUACGGGCGUUUUGCCUUUGUGUGGGAUGCGGCGGUGCUGGAGUAUGUGGCCAUCAACGAUGAGGACUGCUCCUUCUACACUGUGGGGAGCAAUGCACCAGACCGGGGCUAUGGCUUCGCCAUGCAGCACGGCAGUCCAUACAGGGACAUCUUCUCCCAGAGGAUCCUGGAGCUGCAGCAGAACGGGGACAUGGACAUCCUGAAACUGAAGUGGUGGCCGCGGGACAGCCCGUGUGACCUGUACUCAGCGGUGCACACCAAACACCGCAGCAGCGCCCUGGACAUCCACAGCUUCGCCGGCGUGUUCUGCGUGCUAGCGGCCGGAGUGGUGCUCUCCUGUGUCAUCGCCAUGGUGGAGACCUGGUGGACUAGGAGGAAGGGCUCACGAGUCCCCUCCAAGGAGGAUGAUAAGGAGAUCGACCUGGAGCACCUUCACCGCCGGGUUAACAGCCUGUGCACAGAGGACGACAGCCCCCACAAGCAGUUCUCCACCUCCUCUAUUGACCUGACGCCCCUGGACAUGGACUCUAUGCCGGCUGCCCGGCAGGCCCUGGAACAGAUCAGUGACUUCCGCAACACGCACAUCACCACCACCACCUUCAUCCCCGAGCAGAUCCAGACCCUCAGCCGCAGCCUGUCCACCAAGGCCCAACAGGGCUUCGCCUUCGGUCCCGUGCAGGACCACCGGACUGGGGGAACCUUCAGGCAGAGAGCCCCCAACGGUGGCUUCUUCCGCAGUCCCAUCAAGACAAUGUCCUCCAUACCCUACCAGCCCACUCCCCAGCCCAACUUUAGCUACGGCAACGACCCCGAUCGGGGUACGUCCAUAUGAGGCGAGGAGGAGUAGGCCACAUAGUGAGAGAGAUGUAAACAAAUACACUCACAAAGCUCUAUGUACAUAGGAAUUUUUUCAGUUCUGUUUUUUUUUGUGGGGGGGGGGC